AGGCAGAAAGACGUGUUGGGGGCUGAGUAUGUUGCAUGCUUAUCGCAUUCCAGCCCUUAUAGUUGGCUAUUCCAGUCCCAGCCUGCUAUAUUUGCGUAUAUAGCUAACUCUUCCUAUAACUAGAAAUCUCUCCUGACUGUCUCGGUCUGGGGGAAACCAACUCAAAAACAUUACCUUAUCCCAAUUGGUAUCCCCAUAACACACUCUACCCACCACUGCUGCGUGCAGCUUUCCCGUCCACCAUGUCAGACAUCAUGUUCUUUUUCACGGCCAACAUGCCAGGAAGCGUCUUCAGCCAGUUGUUCGAUGAGAGCCAAACGGCCGAGAAUGCCGUUCCCUUCCUGACCCUUAUCCGUACCCCUGAUCAGCAAGAGGUGGAUGAAUGGGGCACCGAACCGCCAAUCGACGACUUUGAGACAGGAUUCCUGGGCAAAACUGAUGACGAGCUCCGUUGCUUCUUCCGACAGUUCCUUGCGGAAAGACCACCAUCUUCACAGGGCAACAUCGGCGGACACUGGAUGGCCGUCCUGGAUGAACUGUCUGCUGCCCAAUCAACCAUAGUGCUACACUAUGGGAUGAAAAAACCCGACUGGGAUGAGAUUUAUCAAUACGAGCCCGAGAAAACCAUCCCUGGGACAGGGAAGGUGUGUGAGGACGGGUAUAUCUGGUGGAAGUGGAGGGUUCCAUUCAAGCAUUCCUACCACUUCUACAUGACCAUCGAGCACUGCGAUAUUGAGGUCAUGGAGAUGUUCUGCCGUCCCGAGUAUGUGGAUUCUGAUGGGGUGGUUGAUUGUGAUACUUGUUACAAGAUUCUCUACAGAGAAAUCCGUGACCCUUUGGGGCUGGUGGGGGGAGAAUGGGAGGUGCCAUCCGAUGCAUAAUCCGGGAAUGUUUUUUGGAAGGAGAAAGGGGCCGAGGGGAAAUGUGGCAGGUAGCUUUAAGUGGGCGCAUAAUGAUCAUCUAUGAUAUCACUUCUUCAGCUAGG